UCGAACCAACUCUCUUUCUCUCUCUCUCCUCCCCCCCUAAAACAAGAAGCCUUCGUUGCUCUUGUUUGGCGGCCGCCGCCUCGCUAUCCGCCUCUCCGUCUACCCUAGGGGUUAUAUACACUCCUUUUGAAGCAGGUGUCUCCCCGGCUUUGUUCAGAGGCUAUGGCUGCUGUUGCUCCUCCCGCAGAUCAAGCUGCAGAUUUGUUGAAGAAGUUAUCGUUGGAUUCACAGACAAAGAAUCUUGAAAUGCCAGAUGCCACCAAAAAGCCGUCAACAGACUCCAAUAACAGGGCUAAUGGAUUCAGGGUGGAGCGAUCUCUUACACCACUGAUUCCUGAUUUUGUGGAUCCAACUAUGUGCUACAUGCCUAAUGGUUAUCCUUCUCCUGCAUACUACUAUGGCGGAUAUGAUGGUAGCACUAAUGAAUGGGAGGACUACACCAGAUUUGUUAAUACAGAGGGAGUGGAGAUGACUCCGGGGGUUUAUGGAGACAGCGGAUCACUUCUAUACCACCAUGGUUUUGGGUAUGCACCUUAUGCCCCAUAUGCACCUGCUGCUUCCCCAGUUCCAACUGUGGGACAUGAUGGCCAGCUCUAUGGAUCUCAGCAAUAUCAGUACCCACCUCCUUAUUUCCAGUCCCCAACCCCAACAAGUGGUCCAUAUCCAACGCCAGCUGCUCCCUUAAAAGGUGAGUUAGUCACCUCUGCAGCUGCGGAUCAAACCUCUUUGUCUGUGGAUUCUACUAAUUCAAAAUCCAAUGGCAUUGCUAAUAGCAUGCAUACAAAGGGGAACAAUGGUACAGUACCAGUGAGAUCAACACAGCAAAAUUCAUCUAUGAAAGUUAAUGGUUCUUAUGGGAAAGGUGGUUUUCCUGGGGGAAUUCCUGCCUCUGGCUACCAUGACGCCAGGGUUGGAUUUGAUGGUUUACAAUCAGUAAUGCCAUGGUAUGAGAGUCCAUACUUUUCUGAUGGACAGCCAAGGCCUUUGACGAAUUCUUCAUUGACAUCAACAGUUCCCAAUGGAACUGGAGUUGGAUCAAGAAACAAUAAUUUCCGACCACAACUGAUGGGGUUGCAUCACCCUAGCCAAAUCUCAGGAAUGAGCACAGCUAAUGGGUACAUGAGUAGAAUGUAUCCUAACAAAAUUUAUGGCCAGUAUGGAAAUGCUUACAGAUCAGGCAUGGGCUAUGGUUCUUAUGGUUAUGAUAGCAGAGCAAAUGGAAGGGGCUGGAUGGCUGUUGAUAGUAAAUACAAACCGAAGGGAAGAGGAAAUGGGUCAUAUAAUUACAACAUUGAGGGCAUAGAUGGCUUGAAUGAGCUGAACCGGGGGCCUAGGGCCAAAAUCAGCAAGAAUCAGAAGGGUUUUACGCCUGUGGCUCUUUCUGUAAAAGGUCAAACCAUUCCCAUAACUGUAACAACUGGCGGCCAUGAGGAAAAAAAAUCAACUGCUAUCCCGGAUCGGGAACAAUACAACAGACCAGAUUUCCCAGAAACUUAUGCUGAUGCAAAAUUUUUUAUUAUUAAGUCAUAUAGUGAGGAUGAUGUCCAUAAGAGUAUCAAGUACAAUGUAUGGGCAAGUACGCCUAAUGGUAACAAGAAGUUAGAUCUGGCCUAUCUGGAUGCUCAAAAAAGACCAGGAAGCUGCCCUGUGUUCCUUCUCUUUUCGGUUAAUACUAGUGGUCAAUUUGUUGGUGUUGCGGAGAUGAUGGGGCAAGUUGAUUUUGAAAAAAAUGUUGGAUACUGGCAGCAGGACAAGUGGGUUGGUUGUUUCCCUGUGAAGUGGCAUAUUGUGAAGGAUGUGCCCAACAGCCUGCUGAAACACAUAACUCUUGAAAAUAACGAGAACAAGCCCGUAACCAAUAGUAGGGACACCCAAGAGGUAAAACUGGAGCAUGGUCUGCAGUUAAUCAAGAUAUUCAAAGAUCAUGCUAGCAGGCUGUGCAUUCUUGAUGAUUUUGAUUUCUAUGAGGACCGGGAGAAGAAAAUGCUGGAGAAGAAAGCCAAGCAACAGCAAUUUCAGAAACAUGUGCGGGUAUCUGAUUGCAAAAACGUCCAAGAUAGAAUCAAAGAAGGCACAAAUGGAGAUCUUGAGCCCAAAGAAGUAACCAAUGUUAUUCCAUUGCCGAACAAGCAAGCUACUCCACUUGUGCAUGCAAAUGGGGAUAACCAGACCACUGAAAGUGUGUCGUUAACAAAAACGGGAGCAGACAUUCUCAAGAAUGUAACAUCUGCGGUUGUUCCUGAGAAGAAUCUUGUAGGAAAUGGAAUUGCAAAUUGUUGCUAGCUUCAUCAAAGAUGGAGGGGGGCUGCGCUUGCAACUUGAUGAAUACAUGGCAAAAUAUUGGGAUACUGUCUGGUUCGAUUCUUUUGGAGGCUGCCGUCAGAUGUUGGAACUGAGGAUUAGAAAAUCCUCUGAUGUAGAAAACUCUGGGAAGAAGAAGCAUGGGGAGCGUUGUUGAUGGGUGCUGAUUCUUCCUCUUGGUGGUGUGGGGUAGGUCGUGGGAAGUUUGUGAUUUUAUGAGUUGUAUCUUUUAUUUUUUUUAAUAUGCUGUUGCCUUUGUUCUUGUGUUGAUUUUCUUUUUUCCUUCCUGCAAUCCAUCUCAUCUUCUAUGUUUGUGAUCCUUUUUAUUGCAGUUUUUUGUCAGAUUUGUGAGAUGAUGGUGAUUGUUCCUGUCUGUCUGGAUUUGUGUCGCUAGAUUCGAUAUAUAUUCUGGUUAAGGCUUUUCAUGGA